GUAUGCAAAUGCAAACAAGGAAACCUAACAAAAUUUGGUGAUACGAGAUAUAUGUAGAUUAUUUUUAUAAAGCCAAAAGCUACUGUAGGGUAUUGUGAAUCCUUGCAUAUAAAGCACAAAACAUUUACUUCCCAUCAAAAAGAUUUUAUCCCCUUUUCCCCCUCCAUCAACAAGAAGCAACUCCAUAACCCCUUUUCUUUUCUCUUUAAUUUUCCAUUCUUAUGGAGUCACACAGAAAAUUAUCAGAAGCAUCUCCAUCCGAGACCAGCUCAUGCAUCAUUUCUUCCUCAGAGACUCCAUUGGUGUUGCACAAGAUUAACAAGGAAGAAGUUGUAGUAGUCGUACAUGAUGAUGAAGAAGAAGAAGAAGAUGAUCAUGAUCAUGAUCAUAAUGAUGAUCAAGACCAAGAUCAAGAUCAAGAUCAUCGAAGAGAAGGAAAACCCAGUGAUGAUCAUGAUCUACUUCUUGAUCUAAAGUUAACAACAAGUGGUAAUGAUUGUCAUCAUCUGGGCAAUACUAAUUUCAUUAAUCAAGAAUUGAAUCUCAUUAGCUGCUUGAACAGUACUACGGGUUUAUCAUCAUCAUCAUCUUCUUCUCGAACAUCGCCUGAAACUACUAAUCGGCAUCAUCAACCUCAAGAUCAAGAUCAACAGCAAAGAGUCUUCUCCUGCAACUACUGUCAAAGAAAAUUCUACAGUUCUCAAGCUUUGGGAGGCCAUCAGAACGCCCAUAAACGAGAAAGAACCCUAGCAAAGAGAGGACAAAGACUACCCAGUUCAGCUUCAGCUUUCGGGUAUCACCAUUUCUCAACUCUUCCACCUUUCCAUGGCGGGAGAUCUCUCGGGAUUCAAGUUCAUUCAAUGAUUCACAAGCCUCCACAGAUCUUCUCCUCCUCUUCUUCUUCUUCUUCUCCCUUUUCUGUCUUUGGUAAAGGAUACGGCCAGUACCGGUCAACGACUAGGCUUCCUUUUGACCAGCAACCUGCAGUUGGGAAGCUAAUAUCAAUGGGUAAUUGCCAUCAUAUGAAUUCAUCUUCAACGCCACAGUCCCGUUCCGGUGUUUGCCGGUUCAACGUAGUGAAGUCCACGACGGCGGUUGGUUCGCCGGCUGCCGCAGCGGAUGAGGCAUGGCGGUUUGGUGGUGGGUUAUUGAGUACAAGUAGUAAUCAAGAAGAGUUGCAGAAGCUCGACUUGUCCCUGAAGCUCUGAAGUUAAAA